AUGCCGUUCCACUGUGCUAUCUUAUUAUGGCUUAGGGCCCCCAUGGGAUUAAAGCGUAUCAACUUUGAGGAGCUGCCUGACCAGUUCUGCGAAAUGAACGAGCGUGCGUCACCCGUACCUGGCGACGAGCGUGAUCCACUGAUCAUGGCAGUACGGCCACUGCUGGCUCGUACACAGCUCCAGGAGAGGCCGCUCAAGUGUGCUUACGAUGCUGACGUGCACGGUUGGAGCCCCACCGCCUUCCAUGCCCAGGUUGACGGCCUGGGUGCAGCAGUGGUUGUAGCGGCUACAUCUUCGGGUGCCGUACUGGGUGGCUACAACCCCGAGGGCUGGAUUGGACUGGGAGAGGACCGGUCCUCGAACGGCGCGUUUCUAUUCACCUGGCCGGAGGGGGACAUCAAGAACACAACCGCAUUCAAACUGGCAAAGGUUGGGGGUCCUAAUCUGGCCGUUAUAGACAACCCCAAUAGCGGCCCUCAGUUCGGAGCUGACGGACUCAGCAUUCCCUUAAGACCUCGGGGACAGGAGAGGGUGGUCAAGAGCAAACUUGGCCCCUACUACAGUCGCCUACCGGACGGAGGCCGAUCGCUGUUCAACAAAGCGGACUCCAGGAAGGCCGAGCUGGUGUGGCUGAAGGUGUACGUUGCUGAAGCCCGAGGAGUGGAGUGGAGGCUGGAGGGUAUCACUUGGAAGAGUACUGUGUCACUGCAGUGGGCCCUGGUGGGAAAGGUUGAUGUGGUCGUCGGUGGUGGGAAUAAUUGGCGUGAUUGA